UACUUGACCAGUAUAUCCCGCCAGGUACUCAGAAUGAAUCAACGGGAAACUCCUAUUGUUCCUGUCGCACCAGAACUUGAAUUUCAAGGUUGCCUUUUCUAUCUGCAAUUAGAUGCAGCCUGAUGGUAGACCGGUUUCGCACUGCGGGUUGUAUUCCCAUCCUGCAGUUAAUUGCUGAAAUCUACAGCCAUGGUCCAAGCAGCAACUCCACAUCGUAGCCGUGCAAUAACAACUCAUUACGAAAUCGGAGGGAUUCAUCUCAUUGCAUGUAAUGAUCAAACCCGAUUAUUGCGAGUUCGAAUUAUUAGAGCUCUGGACCUCAUGAAAAAGGAUAUUUUUGGCGCUAGUGAUCCUUAUUGCAAGAUCUUUUUGUACAAAAACCUGCGCUCAUCAACACUUUUAUGCCCUCCAGUCCAGACUAAAACCAUUAAACGCUCUUUGAACCCCAUUUGGAAUGAAGAAGUGAUAUUCAGGGUCAACCCCCUCGAAAACCGUUUAGUAUUUGAGCUUUACGACGAAAACCGCCUGACGCGUGAUGACUUUCUAGGCGUUGUUACUGUCUCCUUGCCUCACUUGGAGAUCGGGACAGAAGGCUCUGGGCAGCGACUCGUGCCUAAAAGCUUCAUGUUACACCCCAGAAGCUCACGUUCACGUGUCCGCGGCAAUCUCCAUCUUUAUUUGGUUUAUCUUUCUCAAGAGAUAAACCCUCGAGCCCUGACUGUAAACGACCUUCGACACCCCGCUGCUACUAAUGAGCUUCCGUCUCCUGCUGCCUCGGAACGCCCUUCCUCUCCGAUACCGGAUUCCAAUACGUCCACACGUGACGCGGUUGGUGGUGGAGAGUUGGACGAUACUCCUGUUGAGGAGCAAGAUCAGGAUCAGGUGACUGCAACUCUUCCCGACGGUAGUCCACAUCGUAAUGAUGUCACCAACUCGACGACGGCUGCAUGUAACACUGUCUCCUUGGACGAUGCUUCAGUUGAACUAGUGGCUGACCCACUUCCACCUGGAUGGGACGAACGAGUUGAUCAGAAUGGAAGGACUUAUUAUGUUGACCAUGUGAAUCGUCGCACUCAAUGGGAUCGGCCUUCGUCGCAACUUCCCGAGGGUUGGGAGCAGCGGACUGACGCCAACGGACGCGUCUACUAUGUGGACCAUAUAAACCAUCAGACCACUUGGUACCACCCACUCUCAACCUCGUCCAGUCACGCAGUUUUAACCCCAUCUCGAUCACCAGUGGAGAAUGGAAGUGGUAGCGAUGCGGGCAGUCAAAGUAGCGGCGAUGAAGCGGUUCACGAGGAGACAGAACCGAACGGGAAUGCCGAACAAAGUCCUACCAACUCACCUAACGCCGAGAAUCCUUGCGGCUCAUCAACAACCACACCCACUGUGACCGAUCGCCGUGAAUCUUCCCGACGCACUAACGCCUCUGGAAGAAGGGCUCUUGCUGUGUCUCCAUCUGCAUCCGGAACGUCUUCCCGUAGCCGCGCUCGACCCGGAGGCACUCGCUCUUCUAUUCCCCAUUCCAAUUCCACGGAACAGAAUGUGUUGGAUGAAGUUCGUGCUGCACAGACAAUGUACCUUCGACGUCGUCAAGUCAGCUUGGAAGAUACCUUGUCCCAUUCGGCCAAUGGUUUGGAACUGUUCAACCGACUGCGCCUACCAGGCACCACCCCACUUCCGCCCGGCUGGGAGGAGCGCAUGCACACCAACGGUCGCAUUUUCUUUAUCGAUCACAAUACCCGCACAACACAAUGGGAAGACCCUCGGUUGGAACGUCUUGGUGGCCCAGCAGUUCCCUAUUCGCGUAAUUACAAACACAAAUACGAUUACUUUCGGUCCAGACUGCGUGCCCCCCAUGAUUCACAGGCCAAACUGGAAUUGCGUGUUACCCGAGCGGGGAUUUUCGAGGAUUCUUUCCGACAGAUCUACGGAAUCAAAAAGACCGAAUGUCUUAUGCACCGUUUAUGGAUCGAAUUCCUCGGUGAAAAGGGCUUGGAUUACGGGGGUGUGCAACGCGAGUGGUUCUUUCUACUCUCCCGAGAAAUGUUCAAUCCCUACUACGGACUUUUUGAGUAUUCCGCGGCCGACAACUACACCCUCCAAAUUAAUCCGCUAUCCGGUGUGGCUAACGAAGACCAUUUGAAAUACUUCAAAUUCAUCGGUCGCGUCGUCGGAAUGGCUGUGUAUCACGGCAAACUGAUCGAUGGAUUCUUCAUUCGACCCUUUUAUAAAAUGAUGCUUGAGAAGACAAUCACCUUGAAGGACAUGGAAUCAGUGGAUUCUGAGUAUUACCGAAGCCUCAAAUACAUCUUGGAAGAGGACCCGUCCGAGUUGGACCUGACAUUCUCAGUGGACGAAGAACAUUUCGGGGAGACGGUGGAGGUGGAUUUGAUUCCGAACGGACGGCGAAUUCCGGUUACUAAUGCAAAUAAGAAACAGUACAUUGAGUGCAUUAUUGGUUGGCGAUUUGUCUCCCGAGUCAAACCACAAAUGUGGGCUUUCUUAGACGGUUUUAAGGACGUUAUCGAUCUGGAAACCAUCAAGAUUUUUGAUGCGAAUGAAUUAGAACUGCUUAUUUGCGGUUUGCAAGGUAUCAGCGUUUCGGACUGGAAAUCUCACACGCUGUACAAAGGUGAAUAUCAUCCAAAUCACCCCGUGAUCGUCAACUUUUGGAAGGCAGUGUACACAUUCACCAAUGAGCUCAGGAGCCGGCUGUUACAAUUCGUGACUGGGACCUCCAGAGUUCCUAUGAAUGGAUUCGCCGAGCUUUGGGGAUCCAGCGGUCCGCAGAAGUUCACCAUCGAAUGUUGGGGCAAUGUGGAUCAGUUGCCACGCGCUCACACGUGUUUCAAUCGACUUGAUCUGCCAUGCUACCCCACGUUCGAAGAAUUACGCACCAAACUCAUCAUCGCCAUCGAAAACGCGGAGGGUUUUGAAGGCGUGGACUGACGACGGAUGGCAACUCGGUGUGGUUGGCCACGAAUCUCACUCCCGCUUCCACCAGCCAUGUGUACUCACCUGAGAUAGUCACUCUUGGAUCUUAUCAGCAAAGUGUAGAGAUUGUGUACCACUCAAUUAACGCUCUAGUGUCUGUUACAAGCAAAGAUCCUCCUUGAGCUCUGUUCUUGCCUUGCGCAUCCUCUUGUUUUACCCGUUGGAGACACCCUUACGUCUUGUAUAGCCUGUGCCAAUUCGCUUCCAUUUUUUUCUGUCCAAGGCCCAUCUUUGUGAUCACAUCUUCCAGACAUGAGACUUCCCAUUGGGUACACAUGAUUUCGCGCUGCUCUGUUUCUCCUGUUUCCACGGUAUCUGCUGGUCUUAUACUGUGUGAUUACUGAACCGAUUGUGCGGACUCAAACAUGUUCAUUGGUCCAUUCUCAUUUCCCUCUUAGGACCUUGUGUUUUACGCUAUGGGUUCACGUUUUUGAGCCGUAUGAACUCACUGUGCUCGUUCACUUGUUUUUACAACCCCCCUCCACGCUUUUGGGUUCCUUGCGAGGUCCUAGAUGGUCUUUUUUGGAGUUAUCCCCCUGGCAUGUGACUGAUAAUUUUCUCCAGCUUUAAACCUACAUCGAUCCACCUUAUUUUGGCACAGCCUGUAUUAUUAUUAUUAUUAUUGGUUAGACGUCUCAUGUUACUAUCGAUCGAUCGAUUCCUUUCUUGUUAUUAUUUUUGCUUAUUUGGCAGUUUUACUUCGUCUGUAUUAUUCCUUAGUUUACUUGUCUCGAGGGUUGUUCUUUUUAUUCUGGGGCUACAAGAUCUUCGUGCUGUUCCCCGCUCACAGUCGUCAGUCGCGUACUUCUGAAUUCACUGAUCUGGGAGUUUUUUCACGUAGGAUCCGCAGUACAUAAUUCAGCGUGAUACAUGUAUUAUAUCACUGCUUUUUCGCUAACGUCGCUUUACCAUUUCACCGAUAAUCAUGGUGCUUAGAAUCUACCAAUUAAGCUUUGAUGUUGUCUCCCAAUUCAUUCUCUGCCAUUUCUGAUCGGUCCAUGUUCAAUGCUACUCCGUUUAUGUGCCCUCAUACACACGUCUGCCGAGUUCGCCACUAUCCUAGCUAGACGACGGAUUAGCGUUUAUCUGUUUCUUGAAACGUGAGAUUGAGACAAAAUCAUGUUCUAUGAAAACAUACUCAUUUUGACUUGGUGUUGCAGUUUUGUUCAUAGGAUUGUUAUUGUUGAGCAGAAACCUGAAACUUCGAUCUGCUUGUUUCCACUUGGAUAUUGUCAUAGUUACCUAUUUCUUAAUUGCUCACUGGUUCAACUAAACUGAUUAUGGGUUUUGGAGCAGCU